AUGGCACUCCUUGCUGCCUCAGCUACUGUUUAUCGAGCGUCUACCUCGAAUGCGAUUCUAAAAUCCUUAUCAAUUAGUUGGUUUCGCCGACAGCUCUUUAAUUAUUCUCAGUUCGCGACGUUAGCUCAACCAACUUCGUCCUCACUACCGCAUUCCAGGCAGUACACUAUGACUUCCCACGACGUCGACAUCUCUCGAGACUGCGAUGUGGAGCAGUUUUACAAUUAUACCUCGGGUCGGUGGCUCUGGAAUGAGAAGUAUCAGCUUGCUCGACGUUACGUUAAGUUCGACCUGUCAGGACUCCUCCAAGUCUCAGCGCAAGCAAUCGGAGCUCGCUCUUGCGUUAAGGUUGAAAAACUGCCUGAAGGAAACUUCAGCAAGGUCUUCCUGAUUACCAUGGACGAUGGCCGAGAAUUAAUUGCCAAACUACCGAACCCGAAUGCUGGACGGCCGCACUUAACGACAGCCAGCGAAGCCGCCACUAUGGACUACGUGCGAAACGUCCUUAAUAUCCCAGCGCCCCGGGUAUAUGGCUGGAGCUCCUCGACCGACAAUCCCGUCAAAGCAGAGUACAUCUUGAUGGAGCGCAGUGGAGGGGUGGAGUUGGGCAAGAUAUGGCAUGAAGUAUCUUGGGAGGAGAGACUUGAGGUUGUCAGGGCCUUAGUCGGGUACGAGAAAGCCUUUGUGUCUGCCAAUUUCCCCAUGUACGGGAGCUUGUAUUAUGCGAAGGAUCUACCUACCCCGAGCCCAAGUCAACACCUUGACUCAGUCAACUCGACAGACAACGGAGAAGCCUUUGUAGUUGGCCCAACAACUAACAGAGCCUUCUUUGAUCAAGGAAGAGACUCCGUCGAAGUAAAUCGAGGGCCGUGGCCUUCACUUGGCGAAUUUAUCCAUUCUCGCGCCGCCCGAGAGCUAGCGUGCAUUGAUAAGUUCUCGUCGUAUCCUGCCCAGCAAGGGUUAUUCAGCGGCCCCAACCAAUACCAUCCAACCAGAGCGCUGAAGAUCGCAGUCCUCCAGGAUUAUCUGAAAGUCGCAACCCAUAUUCUGCCCAAAGAUGUCAACCUAUCAAAGCCUACUUUAUGGCACUCUGAUCUGCAUGGUGACAACAUCUUCGUUGACCCUUCCCAGCCGACAAAAAUCCUUAAUAUCAUCGACUGGCAAGCGGUUAACAUUUCCCCGCUCUUCCUCCAAGCACGCCACCCUUCGCUCAUCGAGUUCGAUGGGCCAAUACCAGAAGGCUUGAAGCCCAUAACACUACCCGAUGGCUUUGAUGACAUGAGUGAGGAGGCACAACAUCAAGCUAAGAACCUUCGAGCUGCUCAAUCUCUCUAUAAGCUUUAUGAGAUACUAAUGCUCAGGCAAUGUCCAGAGAUUGCUCAUGCGUUGCACUUUCGAGAAACCCUACACGGUCAAAUUACUGGACUGGCAAGCUCAAUCUUCAGUGAUGGAGAGCCAGUCCUCCAGGGAAUGCUCAUCCGACUUCAAGACGAGUGGACCACGUGUGUUGGGUCUUCUAUACCGUGCCCUCUUUCCUUCAAUUCUAAGGAUAGGACCCAGCAGCAAUGUCUCGAGACAAGUUGGAGCCAGGGUGUUGAGCUAAUGCAUGAGAUUCUGACCGAGAUUGGUGCAUACCAGGGAUGGGAUGGUUGGGUCAAUCAUGACAACUACUCCGUGUACAAGGAACGGUUGGCCCGAUGUCGCGAGGACUUUCUCAAUCGCUAUGCAAAAACCGAAGAGGAGAGAAGUCAAUGGAUCCAAGCUUGGCCGUUUGAAGACAAAGCACAUCCGGCAACUUGUUUGUGA